CUCAAGAUCUGCCUGAACUACCUACUAUAUUCACGAAUACUUCCCUGACGGCUGAUCCUAAUCCACAGCAAGCAUCCCAAAUCCCCAAUCCGAUGCCCCACUCAUCAUUGAUCACAGAACGCAGCUGAAAGGGCAAAGCACAAAAGAGAUCCUGCCGUGGGGCAGCUGAGGCUGAGGUAAGCUAAAUCACCUGUCUUCUCCUGCCCGCAAGCAACUUGGUGAGUAAGCAAGUCAUAGGCCACCAAACACAUCACUUGGGCGGCCAUUACCUUGCUUCCAAGAACUGAACAAAUCAGGUAGGUAGUUCAGGCAGAUCUUGCCCUCCUCAAUCUCCCAAGAAUUCGACCCCGGUCCACCAUGUCGACCGAAAUCCUGACGAAAUUUCUAACGGUGCUGUUCGGGUAUGCUAUGCCGGCGUUGGAGUGUUUCAAGGCGGUCGAGCAGCGGACCGGCCGGACGGAUCAACUCCGGUUUUGGUGCCAGUAUUGGUACUGAUCCAGAAGCCCUUAUCUCGGAGAUCAUACUAGUCAUCCUGGUCAUAUUUGAUGAAAUCGCAGGCGCCCUGAUAUCAAGGAUACCCAUGUACUAUGAACUGAAGCUCGCCUUCCUGGUGUACCUGUGGUACCCCCAGACAAGGGGAACUGACAUCGUGUACGAGACGUUCGUCCGGCCGCUGGUGAUGCAGUACGAGCCCAACAUCGAGGAGAGGCUGCGGUACCUGCGUGCCAACGCCGGCGACCUCAUCGUCUUCUACCUCAAGAACUUCACCGACAGGGGUUACGAGCUCUUCCUCCGGGCGCUCGACUACGUCCGCUCGCAGGCGUCCAGAGGCUCCAGGACAAGGCGUUUCUUCUCGUUCCGAGGGGACCGCGGGGAGAGGCCGAGCUUCGUGGAGGACGACUAUGUCCCUGGUGGCGAUCGGAGGAGAGCGGCGAGGCAGCGGCGACCUGGCCCCGGAGAUUAUUAGUGGACUAGGAGCGAGUUGUCGUAGGAUAGAAGUGCAAAGAAUCUAAACGCGUAUAGGAAAACAGUGAAGACCAAAAACAAUGUUGACAUGAACAAGAGCGGAUAAGCGGAUUGAUUGUGAUUUGUGAAUAUUUAGGUGUUGGACCAUGCAUGUAACUACGUUGUCUCACUCUCACAAUCUUAUUCGGAACCCUGUACGAUGCAGAAGCCGGAAGUAUUGUGAAUUUGUGAUUCCCUUUCGGUGUGUGGGUAUAUCUCAAGCGUCUAUAAUUUUUAA